AUGGAUCACAACAAAUUCAAAUCUACCUAUCAGUUUGAAGUGUCAUUGGUUAGGCACUUGAAGGGCGAAGAGUGGAGCUUCAAGGACGUGCGAGCGCUGGUGGUUGACGAGAGCAGUCUGGUAUCAGUACAGAUCUUCUCCACCCUGUUCGAUAUCCUGCUGAAGCACACCUGCCUACAGAAGCUGGUGCUGCUGGGAGAUGUGGACCAGCUGCCCUCCAUAGAGCCGGGCAACUUCCUCACUGACAUGUACCACUCCCUGGCUCCCAUUGGCUGGAGCAUCAGGCUGAGGACCAAUCACAGAUCCGAGUCCAGGCUGAUUGUGGACAACGCCACGCUGAUCUCACAGCAGAGACUGCCUCACUUUGACCCAGAAAGGAAUUUCCACGAGGUCAGAGUUGACAGGGAGGACAUGUUGACCAGUGCUGUGACUCAUCUCCUAAAGAGUGGCUGCGCAAAAGACCACAAGUCCUCACAGUUUGUUGCCUUCAGGAGGAAGGACUGCAACAUCAUCAAUGAAGUGUGCUGUAAGCUGUACUCUGGACACUGCAUAAAGAACAACAAGAACCGAAGCUGGAUUAUGUCAAGUACCUCCUUGUCUUGCACUCUCACAAGACUAGGUCCCUCCAUGAACAAGAUGGACUGA